AUGUCUGCCGCCGAUACGCCAACUCUGCCGGCUUCCUUCUGGGAGUCCGUUCUUGCUCUUCCCUCCACUUCGGACCGCCUCAGAUGGUACAUGUGUGUUCUAGUUACCCUUUCUUCGCUCAACUAUUCCGACGUAGUUCCACAAGUCUACAAUCAUCUCGAUGAGCACCUGUUAUCCACUAUGUCUCCAGAGGACCGCUUUGCCGCGGCUCAAAGGCUUCGGGAGGGGCUGAUUAAAUCCACCGGCAUCGUCGGCGCCGCGCGAACGGGUAACGCAAUGCGAGCCUUGGCCGCGUGCAUACCAGUUGAGCUCCGAGAGAAAGAAUCGCCCAGAUCUAAGGAGUCAGAUGAGACAGCUAGGAAAAGAGGAAAGGAAUUUUGGACGAGAAUCUACUCUCGGAAUCGAGCGUUCGAUCCUGAAGCUUCGGUGCGAGCUAGUCCCGAUUAUGCAUUUAUUAUCCGAGAGGUGCUGUAUGGACGGAUAUUUUCCUUUGACGGCGUCAUUGAUGAUUUGACAACAGGAUAUGUAAUUGUCUCCGCGCUUUACGGCAUGGACUGUCCGAACCAGUUGCAGCAUCAUAUGAAGGGGAUGUUGAUCAAUGGCGCCACGAGGGAGGAACUAAAAACCCUCCAGGAUCUGUGCUUGGGAGUAGCCAACAUUCUUGGUGUCAAAUCUAGGCACGGCCCUGCUCCUAUUCCUGAGAUGCCGGAGUAA